UUGUUGGCGUCGGUUCGUGAAGCAUUUGAUGCGCAAUUAUUGGAACUUGAAGGAGGAGUUGAUAGAGAAGCUGCAGCGAAAACUGGAGGUGUUAAACUGGCUUCUGAUGUAAGUUUAGGGGGAAAAUCUAACAUUUCCUUGAAAUUUCAGAUUUUUAGCUAGUUUCUAAAUGACUUUCUAAAUGGCUUCUGUAAUUUUCGAAAAAAUUCUGAUUUUCUGCUCAAAAUAUUUUGAAUUCUCAGUUUGAAGCGAAAAAUCAAGGAUUUUCAAGUUACAUAUAACAAACUAUCAAUUUGAAUAGUAGCGAGCAAACUUUCUUUCAAGAAAAAAAUAGGGAAUUAUAACAUACAUUUUUGAGAAAAAUACACUUUCAGAAUAUUCCUUUUUUUAUGUUACAUUGUGAUUGAAUGUAUGUUGAAAGCUUGAUCAGUGUCGAGGGUGAUAAUUUCCAAUGCAUGUUUAUUUAUUGCCGAUAAAAUAGAAAUGUAAAGAAAAAUCUGGAUGUUUUUUCUCUACAAUUUUUUAAAUGUAUAGGAUUUCUUGACGGUAUUUUGUCUACAUUUCAUUUUUUAUCACACGUGUUUUUCUAUUGCCCAACCAUAUUGUUUUCCGAAUAUGUGAAAAAUUGAGAGCAUAUUUUCUUUCAUUUUCCAUACACUUGCUUUUUCUAGUGAUUUUUCAGAUAAAAAGCUGGUUUUCUUUUGAAAAACGAAAAACAGAACAAAUACAAUGUUUUUCUCGAAAAUACAAAAAAGUUGAGUUUGAUAAUGCAAUUGCCUCAUCAAUUUAAUUGUUCUGAACAAAAUUGGCAAUAGGAGAUGCAAUGUGACAGCAUUUUACCCGAAAAAACACCAAAAAAAGCAAGCGAAAAAAAAAGAAAAAUCAUCGUGUCUGCAUUUUUGCGUACACUUGUGUGUGUGGUGACGCACAAAUGCACAAUGAUGAUUUUUAUUUUCUUUUUUUUCUUUUCGGUUGCUUUUUUGGUGUUUUUUCGGGUAAAAUGCUGUCACAUUACAAUUCCUAUCGCCAAUUUUGUUCAGAACGAUUUAAUUGAUGAGGGCAAUUGCAUUAUCAAACUCAACUUUUUUGUAUUUUUGAGAAAAACAUUGUAUUUGUUCUGUUUUUCGUUUUUCAAAAGAAAAGUAGCUUUUUAUCCGAAAAAUCACUAGAAAAAGCAAGUGAAUGGAAAAUGUAAGAAAAUACGCUGAUUUGAGGAAAGAAUAAAAACAUUUCCAUAAAACUUUACAUUUUUGUGUUUUUGCAAAAAAAUGUGCGUUACGCCUUUAGUAUAUCUUUCUGCGUUUUGCGUUACGCCUUUAGUCUAUCUUUCUGCGUUUUGCGUAACGCCUUUAGUCUAUCCUUCUGCGUUUUGCGUAACGCCUUUAGUCUAUCCUUCUGCGUUUUGCGUAACGCCUUUAGUCUAUCCUUCUGCGUUUUGCGUAACGCCUUUAGUCUAUCCUUCUGCGUUUUGCGUAACGCCUUUAGUCUAUCUUUCUGCGUUUUGCGUAACGCCUUUAGUCUAUCCUUCUGCGUUUUGCGUAACGCCUUUAGUCUAUCUUUCUGCGUUUUGCGUAACGCCUUUAGUCUAUCUUUCUGCGUUUUGCGUAACGCCUUUAGUCUAUCCUUCUGCGUUUUGCGUAACGCCUUUAGUCUAUCUUUCUGCGUUUUGCGUAACGCCUUUAGUCUAUCCUUCUGCGUUUUGCGUAACGCCUUUAGUCUAUCUUUCUGCGUUUUGCGUUACGCCUUUAGUCUAUCUUUCUGCGUUUUACCCUUGGAAAUGCGCGAUCAAAAAAUUAUUGAUGAUUAUUAUUUAACGUUUUUCUGAAACGUAAAAAAUCAGGGUUUUUUGUUGCGUGACCCAUAAAAAAUCCCGCUAUUUAAAGCCAAAAAUCAUCAAAUCUGGUCAUUUUAGAUUUCAUCUGAGCCACCUUCGGUUCCAGAAUCCAAAUCAAAAGAACAAGAAGAGCCGCACAAAGAGCACAGUGGAACAAAAAUCAAAGAGAAAAUAUCGGAUUUGAGUGUGAAGACACCAACAGCGGUGACUGCGACCAAUUCGAAAACAUCGACAACGACUGAGAGUACGAUUACUCUGGAUGUUAAACAGGAUGCGUUUGGAACACUUGAUGUAAGAUUCGGUUGAAAAUUGAAGCUCAAAAAAGAAUAUAUAUAUGUGGCCGAACAAUUUCGGUGGCCGAGAAAUGUCGGGAAUUCGGCCACAUAUAUUUUUUGUUUGAAUUUUUUGAAAAGUUUCAAAAAAAUGCUCAUAAUCUCUGGGUGAAAACGAAUGAGUCAUAAUUUUACAGGAUGAAGAAUUUGAAAAAGCCGCCGCAAACAUUCCAAAUCAACUCAACGAUGAAGACGAAAAGGAUAUCCUCCGCCUUGCUCCAAAAAAUCCUAAAAAUCGCCAAACGCCACAAGGCAAUGGAGAAAUGUCGAAGACAGCCGAAGAGAACGAAACGCUCGCCAAAUUCUUUUCGGGCAAAAAGUCGUUGACUCCCGAAGUUUUGGCGACACUCGAUGUUGGUCUCGAUAAAAUCAUUGAUCAUCUUCAUAAGAAUAAUUUGGCGAUUGAUGAGGAGACGAAACGAAUUAUUAAACAUCGCGAUAAAUUGAAGGCGGCGAUGAUGAAGGAGUUUUUGGUGUCUCCACAGUAUUUGCCGAAGAGUUGGACAGCUAAAUUUAAUCGUAAGUUUUGCAAACGUGCAAAAUUUCCUUGCUAGAAAGAUAAUUUUCAGAAUGGAAAAGUGAGGCUGAAAAUCAGAAAAAUGGUGUAAACUGGUUCCGAAUUCUAUUCGCCUAUCCAAAACAUAAAUCAUUUGAUGAUGGACCAGAAGACAUAUUUGGAAAUUUUAAUAAAAGAGAUCGAGGGCUUUUGAUUGGCCUUAUUCUUGGACCUGGAGAUGUCAAAUCAUUUGAGGAAACUAAACGGGAAGACGAUUGUCAGGGAAUGUUCCUUGAUACAAAAUUGAUUGAGCACGCUGGAAAUGAGCCGGAUUUGACGAGUGCAACGAAGACUUAUGUGAAUUUGGAGAAAAUGGAGAAGUAA